AUGUACGAGUCCCGCGGACCGAAAGGUGCACUUUUACAUGAGAAGCAGCAGCUGACACUCUUCCCAGGCGACAGCUCCGUGCCUUGCGGAAAUUGUCGUGACCGUGAUAAGCACUGCGUAUACCUGCCCAAGUCCCGGAGAAGACGCAAGCGUAACGAGAAACGCAUGCUUUCCCCGGAGAGCCGACCAAACUCGGCAACCUUCACUUGCCACCUCCAAAUCGAUGACGACCAGGGCGAUGUGGGCUCCGAGGUGGACGGCGGUAACAUCGUUGUCGACAGGGCGGCCAUGACUCCACAUGGCUGCUUUCCACGGCCAGACACGCAAGGGCCAGAUGGGUUACAUUCCGGGUCUGACUGCGCGAGUGCCGCGGAGCCCAUCCAAUUGGGAACUUCACAGUUGCCUGACAUGCCACUGACUCGCCAUCAAGUUGCUCAAGGCUACAACUCCGAAACACAUACUCAGAUGUCUCUAGCUCCCGGGGACUCCGAAGCGGACUGUGAGGAGGCCACCAUCGACCUGAAGGAUAUCAACUGGGAACACCAUGGACCAGGGUCCUGGCUGUCGAUAUGUUCCGAGCCUGGCGUACGAUGGGUCUCGGUGAGAGCCAGGGCUAGCGGCUUCAACCAAGUAGCUCAAGAUCUAAUCGCGGACUGGACCAAACACUUGACCCUCUCCCAGUCUUCAAUUCGAGAAAAAGGACCAGAGCCAGACUUUGACACAGCUUGGCAUUAUGCAACCAGCUAUUUUGAGUACUCCCACGACAGUAUCUUCGGUGUUGUCUACCGUCCGGAGUUUGAGGAUCACCUCCGCCGCCACUUCCACUGCUCCAGCUCACCGGAAAAGGACACCGCCUCAUAUGCCAUGCGAAAUGCUGUGUAUGCAGCAGGGUGUCGAGCUGCUGCGGCAAUGGAUGGGGUCAAAGACUUCAAAGCGGUCCAAGAAAGGUCCCUGCAGUUCUUUUUCAACGCAAUCUCCGUGUAUGCCCAACUAGUCUACAUGCCCACUGGCCUCCGAGCAGUGCAGGCCUUGAUAGUCAUGACUUCGUUUGCAGAGCUGCUCGGUAGUCCGUCUGUGGAGUACAUGCUCUGUUCAACAGCAGUGCGCCUUGCGCAGUCCAAGGGCCUUCAUAGACAGCCGGCAAAGGCGUGGGGUCUUUCCGAGCUUGACGUGUUGAAUCGAUCUUGGAUGUUUUGGGCCCUGUACUGCCAUGACAAGUACAUCGCCUUGCGUUCUGGGCGCCCAUCGAUCAUAGACGACGAUGAUGUCAGCUGUGAAAUUCCCACCACCAUUCCGGCUGGCAGCGCAAUGGACGUGACUCUAUGCACUGCGUUUGUUAAACACGCUCAAAUCUGCUCUGAGACACUGAAACGGUUCUACUCCGCCCAAGGACAUGAUAAGUCCCCAGAAACACGGUUUCGAGAAGUAGAGUACGUCGAGUCAAAGCUGUCAGAAUGGCGAGAUCACCUGCCAGAUCAUGUUCCCGUGGAUUCUGCCGCUCUUGUACGUCUUCAGGGUUCUUACAAAGUCAGAGCGAACAUCAUCCGUUUGCACAGGGCCUAUUGGGGGAGUAUCAUUGAAUUGCACGCGAGCUUCCACUAUCCAUGGAUCUGCUCAAGAAUUAUCAUUGCGAAUAAGAAUAACAACUAUUUCCGUGACGCCGUCGCCCGAAGCUCGACCCAUACAGCAGACGCGGCCCGUCAGAUCAUCGCAUCCCUAAGACAUUGGGUUCCCGACCUCAACUCAUCAUCAACGCAAGUAUACCUAGAGCAAGCUUUGCACAUUGGCUAA